AUGAAAGCACAAACAAAAAGUACAAAAAGUAGCCGUAAGAUGUCAGUGUAUGUUACAUGUUAUAAAUGUAAAAACACUGUGGACUCUAGAAAUACAAUUUUAUAUUCACCUCAGGAAGCAACUAAAUUUAAUAUAAAACACCUGAAAGGCACAGUCCCCUAUUACUUUGCAAAAAUGCAGUUACAAAGUGCUUCCAUCAGUGGAACUAAUGCUAUAAAAUCCACUUUCGAUUCGAAAAAAAGGUACCAUACCCUAUUACUUCCCCAUAAUAGAUGGAAAUCAGUUUUUUCGGGAACAAAAAGCAAAAGCCAUCUCUUUCUCACAAAAUCAUGCACCAAAACAUUGCUAGUAUUUUAUCAAAACAAGAACUAUUAG